GUGAGGGAUCAAGGGGGAGGAGCAGGAUGGGGGGUUCCAUCAAGUGUUUGUUUAGGGGGUCUCAAAAGCCCUGCAGACUCAUUUCUGUUUAGCUUGGACACUUCUUUCUAGAUACAGCUGGGAUCUUCAUCAGAAACAAAGAGAAGAUGCCAGAGCCAGUAAAGAAAACAGUUUCUGCAUUUACCAAGAAGCCAAAGACGACAGAGGUGACAGCCGGAAGCACAGCUGUGUUUGAAGCAGAGACAGAAAAAGCCGGCAUCAAGGUGAAGUGGCAGCGAGCUGGCUCAGAAAUUACUGAAAGUGAGAAAUUUGUCAUCAAGGCAGAAGGAAACAAGCACUCACUGACAAUCAAUAAUGUAGGAAAAGAAGAUGAUGUGACAUAUGCUGUGAUAGCUGGAAGUUCUAAGGUCAAAUUUGAACUCAAGGUCAAGGAACCAGAAAAGAGUGAGACAGUCACUCCUGCUGAAGCUGCUCCAUCCCCAGCUACCUCAGAGUCGUCUGCUCCACCAGUGGAAAGCAGCCAAAACACAGAAGUUACAACUGCUGAGACUCAACCAGAAGAGCCUCUGGACCCUAUUGGGCUCUUUGUGACACGGCCCCAGGAUGGAGAAGUUACUGUUGGUGGAAACAUCACGUUCACUGCAAAAGUAGCAGGUGAGAGCCUGCUGAAGAAACCAUCAGUAAAAUGGUUCAAAGGAAAGUGGAUGGAUCUGGGAAGCAAAGUGGGGAAACAUCUUCAGCUACAUGACAGUUAUGACCGAAAUAACAAGGUGUACACCUUUGAGAUGGAAAUCAUAGAAGCAAACAUGACUUUUGCAGGAGGGUACAGAUGUGAGGUGUCCACCAAGGACAAGUUUGAUAGUUCUAAUUUCAACCUAACAGUCAAUGAAGCACCUAUAACUGGAGACUUGGAUAUUCGCUCUGCCUUCCGACGCACGAGCCUGGCAGGAGUGGGGAGACGGAUGACUUCAGCCUUCCUCAGUACCGAGGGACAUGAAGAAGGUGGAGAGUUUAAUUUUAGUGCCCUACUGAAAAAGAGCAGCUUCUUGCGCUCAGUAAACCGAGGUGAAGCAAAACCUGAAUCACAGUCUGAUGUUGAUGUCUGGGAAAUCCUGAGGAAAGCUCCUCCUUCUGAAUAUGAGAAAAUUGCUUUUCAGUAUGGUAUCACUGAUUUGCGUGGGAUGUUGAAACGGCUCAAACGCAUAAAGAAGGAAGAGAAAAAGAGUACAGCAUUCCUCAAGAGACUGGAUCCAGCUUACCAAGUGGACAAAGGACAAAAGAUUAAAUUAAUGGUUGAAGUUGCUGAUCCUGAUGCUGAUGUAAAAUGGCUGAAGAAUGGACAGGAAAUCCAAGUAAGCGGCAGCAAAUAUAUUUUUGAGGCUGUUGGGACCAAGAGAAUACUAACCAUAAACCACUGUUCUCUGGCUGACGAUGCAGCAUAUGAAUGUGUGGUAGGGGACGAGAAGAGCUUCACAGAAUUAUUUGUAAAAGAACCUCCAAUCCUGAUCACUCGCCCACUGGAGGACCAGAUGGUGAUGGUUGGAGAAAGAGUGGAGUUUGAAUGUGAAGUGUCUGAGGAAGGAGCUACAGUGAAAUGGGAAAAAGACGGAAUUGAGCUGACACGGGAAGAAACAUUCAAAUACCGAUUCAAGAAAGAUGGAAAAAAGCAGUAUCUAAUUAUUAAUGAGACAACCAAAGAGGAUAGUGGACACUACACCGUGAAGACUAACGGUGGAGUAUCAGUGGCUGAACUAAUUGUACAAGAGAAAAAACUGGAAGUUUAUCAGAGCAUUGCAGACCUGACAGUGAAGGCACGUGACCAGGCAGUCUUCAAGUGUGAAGUUUCUGAUGAAAACGUGAAAGGAAUCUGGUUGAAAAAUGGAAAGGAGGUGAUCCCAGAUGAAAGGAUAAAGAUCUCCCAUAUCGGCAGAAUCCAUAAGCUAACUAUUGAGGAUGUAACACCAGAUGACGAAGCUGAUUAUUCCUUCAUCCCUCAGGGAUUUGCUUACAACCUUUCCGCCAAGCUUCAGUUUUUGGAGGUCAAGAUUGAUUUUGUACCAAGAGAAGAACCUCCCAAAAUCCACCUUGACUGCCUGGGCCAAUCCCCUGAUACUAUUGUUGUGGUAGCUGGUAACAAAUUGAGAUUGGAUGUUCCCAUAUCAGGAGACCCAACACCUACCGUCAUCUGGCAGAAAGUAAACAAGAAAACUGACCUUAUUCGAAGCAAUGAUGAUCCCACGACUCCCUCAGAAAUCAGCAGUGAUUUAAAUACCGAUAGCAAGCUUCUGUUUGAAUCCGAAGGCAGAGUUCGUGUGGAGAUGCAUGAAGAUCACUGUGUCUUCAUCAUUGAAGGAGCAGAAAAGGAGGACGAGGGAGUAUACAGAGUUAUAGUUAAGAAUCCAGUGGGAGAAGAUAAGGCUGAUAUCACAGUCAAAGUUAUUGAUGUUCCUGACCCUCCAGAAGCUCCCCAGAUCAGCAACAUCGGAGAAGAUUACUGCACUGUGCAGUGGCAACCUCCUAAAUACGAUGGUGGGCAACCAGUACUCGGCUAUAUUUUAGAGAGAAAGAAGAAGAAGAGCUAUCGAUGGAUGAGGCUCAACUUUGACCUUUUAAAAGAGCUAACCUAUGAAGCCAAACGAAUGAUUGAAGGAGUAGUUUAUGAGAUGAGGAUUUAUGCUGUGAAUUCUAUUGGCAUGUCCCGGCCAAGCCCUGCCUCUCAACCAUUCAUGCCAAUUGCUCCUCCAAGUGAGCCAACCCACUUUACAGUUGAAGAUGUUUCUGAUAGCACUGUUACCUUGAAGUGGAGACCCCCUGAGCGGAUCGGAGCUGGGGGAUUAGAUGGCUAUAUUGUGGAAUACUGCAAAGAUGGAUCUACAGAAUGGAUUCCAGCUCUUCCCGGCCUAACUGAGCGCACAUCUGCACUGAUUAAAGACCUGGUUACAGGGGACAAACUUCAUUUCCGUAUAAAGGCUAUAAACUUGGCUGGUGAGAGUGGAGCAGCAAUAAUCAAAGAGCCUGUUACUGUUCAAGAAAUCUUGCAGCGUCCCAAAAUCUGGUUGCCACGCCAUCUCAGACAGAGUCUAGUGAAGAAAGUGGGUGAGACAAUCAAUAUUGUCAUCCCUUUUCAGGGUAAACCAAGACCCAAAAUAAUUUGGAUGAAAGAUGGUCAGGUUCUAGACUCCAAAGAUGUGGGAAUUCGGAACAGCAACACGGACACAAUCCUCUUCAUCAGAAAGGCAGAGCUUCAUCACUCGGGAGCAUACGAAGUGACUCUUCAGAUAGAAAACAUGACUGAUAAAGUUGCAAUAACAAUACAAAUCAUAGACAAGCCUGGUCCUCCUCAGAAUAUAAAACUUGUAGAUGUUUGGGGAUUUAAUGCAGCCCUGGAGUGGACACCUCCACAAGAUGAUGGUAAUGCACAGAUUUUGGGCUACACAGUCCAGAAAGCUGACAAAAAGACAAUGGAAUGGUACACUGUUUUUGAUCACUAUCGUCGCACAAACUGUAUCGUCUCAGACCUGAUUAUGGGAAAUGAAUAUUUUUUUCGAGUCUUCAGUGAAAAUUUGUGUGGAUUGAGUGAAACUGCUGCAAGUACAAAAAAUCCUGCCUAUAUCCAAAAAACAGGCACCACUUAUAAGCCACCUAGUUACAAAGAACACGACUUCUCUGAACCUCCAAAAUUUACCCACCCUUUAGUAAACCGUUCUGUGAUUGCAGGAUACAACACCACACUGAGCUGUGCUGUAAGAGGAAUCCCCAAGCCAAAGAUAUUCUGGUACAAAAACAAAAUGGAUCUCUCUGGGGAUGCCAAAUACCGCAUGUUCAGUAAACAGGGUGUGUUGACCCUGGAAAUACGGAAACCCACUCCAUUUGACGGUGGCUGUUAUACCUGUAAAGCUGUUAACGAGUGUGGUGAAGCUGAAAUAGAGUGCAGACUGGACGUCAGAGCACCUCAGUAAAACUGCGAAUCUCAAUCCAUCUGCAAGUCAAGCAUUGGAAUGGAACUUGAUAAGAAAAAAAAAGAAGAAAUUAAUGAAGGAUCAUUUCAGCUACAUUUAGGAGUCCUGUUCAUCUUAAGUCAUUACUAUAUGUGUACAAAGAGGUAGCAGUGUCCUCUAGUGUCCUGCUUACUCAGCACGUUUUCAGAUGAUAUUUCCUCUUUUCAUACAUCUGUUUUAGUUACAUUGCCCCCGUCUCCAUGUGAAGAAAUUCAGGGAACUAAAGAUGAACUUUUCCCCCAUUUCAUACAUAAGAUGUGUCUAAUUUUAUUAGAAUUCUGUGUAAACACAGUCCUUCCCUAACGUCUGAAACAAAUUCCCCCCUUCUGCAGUUCUCUCGUUUUUUUUUCUCAGAAUUCUGAUAUUCUUUGUAAGAAACAAGUAGCUCAGAAUAAUGAAACACUAACAAAGUAUUUGUAAUAUUUAAUCAUUUUUCAUUAUACUUAUCUUGGUACAAUAAAAAAUAACUUUCAUUCCUACUGCUUUUACUGACAGCGCUUGAAAUAUCCACUUCUGUGCUGUUGAGCAGAUCUCUGCAGAGCCACAUCCAAAACACACCAUUUGGGAAUCUCUGGCUAUAGCUACUGUUCUGCUUUAUGUAGAUAAUAGUUUCUUUGAUAAUUGCUCACUACUGGUUUUCUGGCUUUUUAAAAGACACGAGUAUAGAAUUCUGGUUAUUAGAUAUUUCUGCAGCAAAUCACAGAUAUCAUACUAAUCUACAGAGAUAACUUUGUACAUCAGAGGAAACAGUGAAAGACAAAACUAAGAUUAUUUGCACAUAAAAAAAUUGCAAAACAAAAAGCUGGAAGCUGGUGAUGAAUACAAUGAACGUACAUACUAUCAUCAAAUAUUACUGAAGGCUUUUGAAAGUUUAUGAAUGCUAUGCAUGUAUUUCUGCAGAUAAUUUUGCCUAAUCUAAUGACACAAUAGCAUUUCUGGCUUCUCAUCUACUAGUUUGAAUAGUAUUCGGGGUGGGUUUUGGUUUGGUUUUGUUGUUUUUUUAUCUGCAGUAGUUGUUAGAAGUUUCUGGCUGGAAAGCACUUUUUCAUGAUCACUGUACAAGAGAAGGUGGGAAGAUUAAAUUAAUCCAGGAAGCAAUGCCUUUUGGAAGAAACAACACCAAGGAGAUGAAGUAAUACUACUUCCCUCUCUCCAAUAUGGCAGUUGAGAUGGGCAAGCACAUCUGACAGAGCAUGUUAGUUGUACUAAACAAGCAAAUAUGUCUUCAUAAUAAAAACACUGAUGAUAAUGA